AUGGAGACUUCACAGAGGCCCCUGAUUCUUACUUUAGGAAUAUGCAUUUUCUCAUUGCAGUGGACACUGACCCAUCAGCAAGACAAUCUUGCCCUAAGAGGCAUAGCAACCCAAUCUUCUACAAACGGCCCUUACUCUGCUCCCCGUGCUAUUGAUGGCAACAGAGCAUCUAACAUCUAUUCCGCCUCAUGCACACACACAUAUACUGAGACCGACCCAUGGUGGAGGGUGGAUUUGUUGGCGGAGUAUGAAAUUGCAAAGGUAAUUAUCACUAACAGAGGCGACUGCUGUCCAGAACGGAUAGAUGGUGCUGAGAUUCACAUUGGCAACUCCUUAAUCAACAACGGCAACAAUAACCCCAGAUGUACUGUUAUAUCUAGCAUACCUGCUGGUGCCUCUGUAAACUACACCUGCCAUAUGUUUGGUCGUUAUGUGAACAUCUUCAUUCCUGGUCCUAACCACAUUGUCAGCCUCUGUGAAGUGGAAGUCUAUAUCCCUGUUACCGUGAGGGUAUUUCUGAAAUUAAAGUUCAACAGCAGUGAGGAUCUCAGCAACCCUACCAUAUGGGAUGAAGUUAAUCAAAAGAUCAAAUCUGUCCAGCCCUCAAUAUCUCAUGUUCGAUUGACAAUGGGACCAGAAAUGGACACUGAAAAUUAG